ACCGCCAACCCCAACGGUUAAACCCUCUCGUUCGCAGUUUUGUAUUUCAUAGUUCUGCUCCAACCGUCAUUCUCGUCAUAAACCCUAAAAAUCACAGAAAAUCCGUUGCAAUUUCCGACUCUUUUGAUUCUCUACAGUUCAUGCUUUCUUAACUUAUUCCUCUUCUUAGUAGAGUUUCAAGAUGUCUUCGAGUAUUCUUCAAUCUGAAUCGCCUCGAAACCCUAGACUGACGUGGGAAGGCUGCAGCGUUUUGCUCGACGUCAAUGACGGCGACCGCCUGGUUUUUGCUCGACUCUCCCCCGCCUCUACAUUGAAAAUUGGUAACAAAAGUUUCUCUCUAAAGCCCUUAAUCGGUUGUCCAUUCGGUUCCUUGUUUCAAAUUGAGAAUGGAGGCAAUGGUCCACAUUUGGCUCGCGUUAUGCCCUCCAGAGAAGAAGGCAAUAACUGUCAGGAAACGGAGGAGAUGAAGGAAGAGCAGGUGACAAAAGAUGAGCUGAGGGAUAACAGAGCGAUUGUAGACAAUAAUAAGGCACAGAGCCUCUCUAGUGAUGAUAUCGAUGCAAUGCGAAGUCAGGGUGCAACUGGUGAUGAAAUUGUGGAAGCUCUCAUUGCCAACAGUGCAACAUUUGAAAAGAAAACAGUUUUCUCUCAGGAGAAAUAUAGGCUCAGGAAACAAAAGAAGUAUGCGCCCAGGGUACUUUUGAGGAGACCUUUUACUCGAAGUAUAUGUGAAGCAUACUUCAAGAAAUAUCCAGCUAGAAUCGGAUUCUUGCGAUUGGAUGCUUUAUCACUUCUUCUUUCUUUUGCCAAUGUGACUGCACAUUCCGAUGUUCUUGUGGUUGAUAUGGUUGGUGGUCUUCUCACUGGAGCUGUGGCUGAGCGCUUGGGAGGCAAGGGUUCUGUUUGCAAUACAUACGUUGGAAAUAAUCCAAACCCUAUGGAUAUCGUAAGAAUAUUCAACUUUGAUGAUGAAAUUUGCUCAAGGAUAAUGCGAUCACCCCUUGCUGAGCUCGCCUCAUCCCAAGUUGAAGAUUCCAAGCCUAAUGGUGAACAAGAAGUUGGUAUUAAUUUGCACGAUCAGGCAUCUCAACCUGUUAGUAUGGAUGAAAGCCCUCUACCAUCUACAGACCAGUCCUCAGAUCUCAACUCAGAGUCUAUAGUUUCUCCAUUAACUAAAGUAUUUAAAUGCGCAAAGGCUGGAGAUAAGGCACCGCAAGAAGUUAUCAACCUAUGGAAGGAAAAUGGUUUUACUAGCCUAAUAAUUGCUGCACCACAGUCGGAUGCAUGGAGUCUUGUUAAAGAUCUGUUGCCUCUUGUAGCAAACUCUGCCCCAUUUGCUAUUUAUCACCAGUAUCUUCAGCCUCUUGCAACUUGCAUGCAUAAACUACAGCUUGAGAAGAUGGCAAUCAGCUUGCAAAUUUCAGAACCAUGGCUUCGUGAAUAUCAGGUUCUUCCUUCGAGAACACAUCCCUUCAUGCAGAUGAAUGCGUUUGGUGGAUACAUUCUUAGUGGGACUAAGAUAUGCAACCAUCAAUAACACCUUCAAUGUGUACGUUUUUCACAGUACAUAUCUAAAAUGCAGUGAAGGUCAAAACCAAAUUUUGCCAUGGCCUUGUAUAUUUCAUCUUCUGUUAAUUAAUUGUCCUUUUCCAUUUUUAUUUUAUCACUAGGAUUACAGCUUAAUAAACUUCCUUUUUCGUUUUAAUUAUUUCACAUAAAACCAUGUAUCAAUUUUAUUACUAUUAUUAUUGAAUGUGGAUCGAGGCAUGACAUCUCUACAUUUAACUCAA